AUGAAAUCAAUCUGGUUCCUGCUAUGUUUGACCGUCGUGCUGGCGAGUCAACCCGCAGUUCGGAAGGGCGUGGUACCCGUGCUCACUUUGGACCCUAGAAAGAGGGUCCUGGCUGCCAACAAAACGAAGACCAAUCUGAAGUACCUGCCCUUCAUAUCGCUGAUAGACAAAGAUCACGACACCAGCGAGUACUGGCGCGCGACCGAGCUGCUAGCCCUCAUACGGAGUCAGGAACAGCUCUUGGAUUACUCCCGAUGCAAGGUCCCCGCCCCCGCGGACCCCGUACGGUUCAGCAGUGCCCGGAACGUGCGCGCGCUCUGCCGGGGCAGUAUUGAUUUCCAGUUGUGUCCGCAAUGCGCCCAUUUCAGCAACACUUCAGAAUGCGAACUCUUCCGGGAUUCCUGCAAGGAGAAAAGAGUCCCGAAAUCGGACUUUACAUACUGCGAUCGCAAGUACGGCAAAUGGCGGUCGAUCUUCGUACCGGCCGACUAUUCGCAGUGCCGCUGUUGCGACGAGUGCGUGUUCUAUAGAGAAUUAGACGAAUCCUGUGUACAUGACGAAUUCGACUUCGAUUCCGAGGAGUUUCUCCCAGUGAGCACUAUAGAUUUCAGAGCUGGUUGCAAUCCAUACUUGGGACAUCCGGAGCAGGAAUCGCGGGCUCUUCGGUGUGACAACACCCUUCGCAGAUGUGUCCCAAUGACUGUUGGAGCUCUAGCCAAAAGCUCAUUUGUUGUCCACCGAAGCUACCACUACGAGCCAGUGGACUCUGACUGUCCCUCCUGCCGCGGCUACACCUGCCCCCCCACAAUGAAACACGAGCCAGACUGUCCCCCGGGCGCGUUCGUGCCCGACAGGGGCCAGUGCAACUGUUGCGGGCAGUGCAGCGCCUACUUCCAGUUGAACCAAAAAUGUGCUGAAUUUAAGGAGUCAAUUGAAAGUGGUAGCAGUGAAAUAGAGGUGGAAGAGGAACUCUUGGAGCCAGGGUGUGACGACGGGCUGGUCUGCCGGCAGGGGGUCUGCCAGGACAUCCACGCUGUCCACACCGCGCGCAGCCGCAAGAGGAGCAGCCAAGAACCAGAUGAACCCUACGAGCCCUGCAAGCGCGAAAUGAAAUUGUUCAAAAAGAAGUACGGAGAAGAUGGGCAUUUGCACUAUGAAGCUCCUCAGUGCACACCUCUGUGGCUCUAUGCACCCGUCCAGUGCCGUCGCUUCCUGUGCUACUGCGCCAUGGAAGACGGAACGCCCAUCGAAGGCAUCAAGGUGCCCAGGGUAGAAGUCUCCAACAUGAACUGUGAUUGUGCUCGUGAACGAUGCCGGCUAGACACAGACGUGGAGUGCGACGGCUUCGGCAACUAUAAGGAGGCCAUGUUUAUACCGCACGUUGACCAGUGGAGCGACGAUGAAUACGACAAUGAAAAUACAUCAGCGGACUGA